GACAAUUGUAGCUCUCUAGUGCUCCCUUCUGGUUUCAACUUGAAAUUGCUUGGUGGAUAAAGAUGGAACUUCAAAUGAUUAAAAUGGAAAUGAAGUGGAUUAGGUUUCUUCUAAGAAGGAGGAAAUCCCACAAGGAUUAUGAGCAUAGCUGUAUUCAUGGAAUGCUAACAUUUACUUCAGCUAGUCAUUUACUUUAAUUGGAGAAAAAGGCCAGAGAGGGGGGAGAAAUGUUUGAAAGCAAGUGAUUCCUGGUCUUCCUUAAUGCUCUGUAGAAAUACCAUAGAAGCAGUUUUUGUUUGACUGAAACAAAGGCUCUCUGAGUGUGUGUCUGAGUAAAUAUUUGAGGUUAGGGAUUAACUAGCAUUCUCAGAGUCUGAUGGCAGAAAAGUAGACAACUGUGAUUCAGCUGGUGAAAUCAGUAAGUCUUUUGGAAGGUUUUUUUCCAGUACUAAUUCUCCUUUUUAAAACAUUUUUUUAACCUAGUCAAAAACAGAAGAGGUAAAAAGUGGGAGAGAUAACAGUGGGAAAUCUGGAAAGAGAAUCAGCAGUACAUUUAGUGUGGCGUUCUCCCCCAAAUACAUGAGUGUGGUGUUCUUUUUGCUUUGGGAACACACAAUGAUAUUAAAGACAGUAAAGCAACUUUGUGUUUUGCAUAUAAUUUUUUUCUUAGGAGGAUGAAUGUGCUACUGUGAAGGCUAAACAUAAUUUAGUUAAAUAUAUAAUGGGAUCAGGAGUGGUGGCUGUGGAAAAAAUGUUCCAAUGUCUGUAGAGUACAUAAGUCUAAAUAUAAGUAUGAAACUGUCCACCAUACUAUAUAUAUGCCUGUGUAAACUAUAACAGUUAUAAAUGUGGAACUGUAUUAAAUCUUAAUACAAAUAUAUAGUGUUAUAGGAGCUUGUAUUUCCUUAAAACAAAUGGUCAGAUCUUCGGUGGUUAUUCUCUUAGGUGUGUGAUGUGUUGUGCAAUGUGGAGAAUCUUUACCCUCUCGGUGUUUUCAGCUGCCUUCAUAUUGCCUAGUGGACAUGAAGGCUCAGGUAUAUCCUUCUUCUUUCCUGCAUUACUCUUUAUCAAAUACACUGUGUCCUAUGAAAUUUCUAUGGGUACGAUAGUAAGGGCACAAGCCCCAGAGACAGUUGCAUUCUCUCUCUAUAGAAUUCUCUUCAAAAUAGUUUCAGAUUACCUAGGGAGUUAGAAUGUCGGUGCUUUCACUUGACAUGGAAGCCAGUCUGGGCAAGGAAGGGUGUACAAUAGAGUAUAUCUCAUUGCAAAGCAUUGUUAGGUAGGCCCCAGCAUUCAUCAACACCAUUCUGAUAGUUUAGUGGCAGCCAUGGCUACCAGUGUGUUUCUGGGCCUAGUUCAGAGUGCUGGUGCCCUAAACAGUUUGGAACUGGAUUAUUUUGAAGAUUGCUUUUACCCAUAUGUCUCUUCUCACUGGUGAAAUUGGUUAUGUUGGUGAACACAUGAGGCAGGGCCUUCCUGGUGUUGGCCCUGCAGUUGUGAAACAUCUUUUCAGUUAAUAUUUCCCUGGCACAUUCAGGUCUGGCAUCCAAGACCUUAAAUACAUUUUUCACUGUUAACUUCCCUUAAGAAAAUGUUGGUGAUCUAAUUCAGCAUCUUUCAUAUGUCUAUUUGACUCCAUUCACUCAGUGCUUCAUACUCUGAUUGCUGUUCCAUUCCUUUUAUUUCUCUCAGAGUCACAUCUCUCUGUGAGGGUUUAACCCUGAAAAGUGACUAAUAAAUAAAUAAACUGCUAAAGUCAACAUUAUUUUCUCCUUUCCAAGUUUUAGUAAUCCCUCAGUAUUUAGUGUUUACUAUUUUAAAAACUCUUCUCCCUCUCCUCUACAUCCAUUAUAUAAAAUAAAUGGGGAAUACACUGUGAAUAAGUGUCUGCAGAUAGCAUGAUAUUGCUAUAAAUGGCCCAGAUGGAUAUUUUUGUUUUGUUUUCUGCCUGAAGUAUUUUAUAGCAGCCAAGAAGCAAACCAAGUGCUGAAAAUCCAGAAGCGGGCAAAUAGUUUUUUGGAAGAAUUAAAGCAGGGCUCAUUGGAACGGGAAUGCCGAGAGGAAGUAUGUGAUUUUGAGGAAGCCAGUGAAAUAUUUGAAACCAAGGAAGCAACAGUAAGUUAUUGCUAAAGACUGGGAACUAAGCAUUGAAUCCCAUUGCCACUUGAGGUAAAACAGAAAAUGGCGUCCCCUGCCACCGCCUCCUCCUCCUCCAUUGCUCCCCCCCCCCCAUUGCCACCUGAGGUGACUAGAUGCAGGCCAGGGAAGCCCCAGCACAUUGUAGGCAGUGGGGGAGGAAAAAAAGAGGUUGGAGAGGUGCAGUUGGUGGCAGCUGUGGCCUCGCUUUUCCAAGUGGCAGCUGUGAAUGGCAAAUGCAGGAAAUGGCAGCGGUGUGCUCCUUGUGGGCCCUGAUCUCCUGCUCCUCCCAGCUUGCCCUGCCACCUGAGGCAACUGCCUCACUGAAGCUAUUGGGUCGGCCAUCCUUGUAAAGCAGUAAUCUAUUCAGCUGUCAUGUUUUUUGUGCCAAAUUGGGUAGGUGGUCUCCAAUAAUAAUUCGUUCCAAGGAGGUUGAUUUUCCUAUCUGCACUGAAAUGUUGUGUGGCAGAAUCCAUAUUGAAUCAUGGAGAAGACUCCAUUUCAAGUAUUAACCUCAAUUUUGUUUCUUUCAGCUGGAGUUUUGGACAAAGUACUUUGGUAAGUAAAGAAGUUUCACCCCUUUGAGUGUAGUGGGAACCUCUGUCUCUUUUUUUCUACCGUGCAUUUGUGUGUCCCCAUAUUUAGAUAUGUUUUAUUAGGACUUUUCUACACAUUUCCUUAAUAGCGAGGUUCGCAGCACACCGGAAGAUCUCUACCAUUUAACCCUUGGGGGCGAGCACUGAGGUCACAGAUUAGCCUAUUAUUUCUGUAGUCUGGAAGCAGAAUUUCACUGUAAAUUCCCCUGUGUCCUAAGCAAGUUAAUGCUUUUGUGUCUGCUAAUAUUUUCUGUAGAUGAAGCAUAACCAAGAGAGGAAGUUUAUAUAAUGGGGUGAUGUAGUUAACUCUUCCCUUGCAAAGAGACAUACGACAUAUGGUCUGGGUUUCCCUGCAAAUGUGUUUUCAGAUGGAGAUAUGUGUGAAUCCAGUCCAUGUGUCGAUGGAUCCUGUCGAGACGGCAUUGGACGAUUUGACUGCAUUUGUAACAAAGGCUGGGAGGGGCGCCAGUGCCAAUAUGGUAAUAUAAUCUUCAAUUCUCCAUUUUACUAUCAAAAUGCAACUGUUGUUCUUGUGUAAGGGGUUUCUCUAUUCCUUCGAGUUCAGAUUGAUAAUACAACAAUUUCGUAUAGAAUAUGCAUGCUGUUCUAAAGCCCCUUUCUUGAUGUACACAAACUACAGAACUUGCAAAUGGAAAAGUUAUGCUUCUUUCUUUUUAAGUAGUGAGAAGUUAAGGAUAUUCCGCCUGCAGUCAGGUUUACUCCCUCCCCUCCAUGAACAGGAGACACACAGGCUAACAUACUACUGGUGCUCAGUUAUCAACACAUACCAGCAUUAGUAGCGUGUCAGCCUGUCCCCAGGGUAUUGCUGCAGAGGGAAAGGUCUUACUUGUUCGGCACUUUUAAAAAACAAAUAAGCAAAAGGUUUGUGUUUGCUAAGGGCCAUGGUGGUGGCAACUUUCUUAAGUGUAAGAGGUGUAUAUUGUGACUGGUAAUCCAAUUCAUUCAGUACACAUGCUUCUUCAUAUACAGGCUGUUAAAUCUAUGUACAUAUUGUAUUGAGGCAGGAGCCACAGACCCACUAAAAACGGUGGUGGUGGGGCAGCAUACAAGUAGAAAGCAAUUCUUCAGCCUGAGAAGAGUUUUGAAACUACAGAUUGAGCUAUCUGACAGCCACCUGAUCCUAGCCUGACCCACAGUUCAAAGGUGCCCCUCAUUAGGCUCACUUCAGGUGAGCUUGGAAGGACUCUGCAGCUCGUGGUGACAGAGGUUCACUCAGUGAUGUUUCUGUUUGCAUAUUGUUUGGGAAAGUGAGGAUUCAGUAGGUUUUGCCUUUAAAUGCAACUAUAUGAAAUUCCUCCCCUAUCUCCAGCUGCAACACAGUCAGUCAAGUUUGUUUUCCUGUUGAGUUUGGAUUCCACCACCACCACCACCCCCAGUAGUUCACUGCAGGGAGAAUCAUUAUUUCCAGCACAGCUCACCAUGUUCAGAAAGUUAAUGCUGUGUCAUAAGAGAGGGAGGAGACAAAUGUUCAAUAAUGAAAAGAAUACGUUCAGCCAUCAAAUUGUUCUGUUUCUGCACAGUUUAAGAGGAGGAGAAGGUUGAGUGACAUAAAUAGCUCCUUCAAGGAAUAGGACUGCCUCCUUUCAACAUGUAUUUUACUUCUUUUGAUGCCCAGUGGUUGACUACACCAACUGUUCAAUUUCCAAUGGUGGCUGUGAACAUUUCUGUAAUGAGGGCCAACAAGACAAUGACCAGUACCGCUACUGCAGUUGUGCUUCAGGCUACCGGCUGGCUGAUAACUAUACUUCUUGUGAACCUGUUGGUAAGAAAGAUGGAUAAGCACGAGCUUGGCUUUUCAAAUCAGAGGCUGCCACAUUAUUUAAGGCAUAAUUUUAUAAUUCAGUCUCUUUGCAAUAUCAGGUAUGUGGGUGUUCCCCCCCCUUCCUUCUUCCUGUUCAGUGGCCUGUGGCAUCGUGGAAUAGCCGUGUAAUAAUAAUAAUAAUAAUAAUAAUAAUAAUUAAUAAUAAAUUAAUUUAUACUUCAUCCAUCUGGCUGGGUUUCCCCAGCCACUAUGGGCAGCUCCCAACAGAAUAUUAAAAAUAUGAUCAAACAUUAAAAACUUCCCGAUACAGGGCUGCCUUCAGAUGUCUUCUAAAAAUUAUGUAGUUCUUUAUCUCCUUGACAUCUGAAAAGGGGGGGGGCGGUGUUCUACAGGGCAGGCACCACUACCGAGAAGGCCCUCUGCCUGGUUCCCUGUAACCUCACUUCUCACAGUGAGGGAACCGCCAGAAGGCCCUCAGAGCUGAACGAUGGGGGUGGAGACGCUCCUUCAGGUAUACUGGGCCUCUAAAUACUAUUCAGUAGUAUUGCCUCUCUAGCUGCAUUCACAAGUAUUUAAUUGUUACUAUGAAGUAUAAGAAAGAAAAUGAGGACAGUCCUACCCUUAGGCAAAAUGAGGGAGCCAACUCAAGUGGAUGCCAGGUACCCACAACCCAUGCUAUGCUGCUGUGAAAGCAUAAAAAAAUACCUUUUUUUUUACACACACAGCUUUAUUGUGGUCCAUAGACCCAAAAUACACAGUACAACAAUAGAGUGUGGGGUGUGUAUAUGUUCAGGAAGUACAAUGCGCUUAGAUGGGGGGGGGCUGCCAUUUUGCAAAUAGGAAUUAGCUCAUGCUUAGAUAAGUUCCACGGCAUCCUAAACAUGUGUACUAGGGCAGUGGUUGCCAACACGGUGCUGGCAUGUGCACAGGUGCCCACAGAGGUCUCACCUGAUGUCCACAGUGUCCCCUCUCCCUUCUGAAAUUAGAUUUAAAAGAAGGCUAGCAUGGUGGCCUUUAGUGGAGUGGGAUCUGUAUGUCCUGCCUUUUAUCUGUAUAGCUGUGUUUUUAGAAUUUUAUUGGAUGUCUUUAAUUUGAGUCACCCUGUGAGGAAAAAAACAUAAUAAUAUAUAUAAAAUUAGGUUGUAGAUUUCUGGACUCUACCAUCUUCAGGUGGGGUAAUGUAUUCCCCCUUGUUUCUAUUAAUAACAAGAACAACAACUUCCCUGCAUGUGGUAAAUUGGCACAUUCGGGUGAUGGGCUGUUGCUAAAAAUAUCUCCUGACAGGUUAUGUACAAUAUGCAAUUAGUUUUUUAAAAAAAUGGGUGCAUUGAAAAUUAUUAAAGUCCUCAUGCAAUCUGAAGUGGUAGAGUCCAGAAUUUUACCACCAUGUUAGUAAUAAUAAUUUAUUAUUACGGUCAAAGACCAGUUCAGAAGCACAACUGAGACUGCUUUCACAAGAGUAAAAUAGAUAUUUAAAGCAAUAUGCAAUAAACAAUAACAGCUUAUAGAUUAAAAUUAAAAUAGUCGCAUGAACACAAAAAGACCUAAAGUUAAACUAACAUGCAGAUGUUGAAUGGCUCUGAGGCAUAUUUCACAUUCUCUGGAUUGUGGAUGCUUCCAAGUGGAGGUUCGAUUUGAGAACCGAAAAUUGGACACCAGGUUGUCAUGUUGUUGUUUUUACUUACUUGAUUUCCCCCUGAAAGGGUAACUCUGGGUUAAACGGCAUUCUGAUGACAACAUUGUAUGGAUGCUGGUGGCGGGGGGACCGCUCACAUGCAUGAACCCAACAGAUCAUAUAAUAAAUGUAUUAUUGCUUUAUUUACUAGAUUUAUAUCCCACCCUUCCUCCCAAGGAAGCCCACAGCAGCAAACAUAUGAACAAUAAAAUGUUGUUAUUUGGCAUAAAAGAGGCUAAGAUUCUGUAUAUUUUGGCAUAACAUCUAGUUCUGGCCUCAAAGGUACCAAAGGAGUUAAACAAACAAACAAACAAACAAACAAACAAACAAACACAACUUAAAACAUUUUAGUGUGUUAUAUUAUUGCUACAGAUUACUUACAAAGCCAAAAGAAUUCAGGAUUUCCCACAGCUUGACCUAAUGAGAAAUUGGGAAGGAGAUAGCUUAGAUAAUUUAUGCAACUUCCAGAAAUCAGCAAAGUAGCUUUGAAGGCUGGGCUGGAUUCUUUUUGACGUAAAGUGAUAGAAAUUGUACAGACCUUCCUAGGUUAUCCUUCAUCUUGCCUUUCUUUUUUCUUUCUUUUACAGUGGAGUUUGCCUGUGGAAAAGUCCAUAAUUUCAUCUAUAAGACUGCUAAAGUAAUUGGGGGAACACCUGGAAGAAAAGGACAGAGUCCCUGGCAGGUAAGAACUAAUAAAAAUAUUCAGCCUUUGAAUGGGUUUGUCAGGCCCUGCUGCUUCUGUCAAUCUCAAUGAUUGUCAGAACCCCAGGGGUGUCUCUUAUUUCCAGAGACCCCCCUGGUGAGGCCUUGUUCUCAUACUUCUGGCUGCUCAUAUCAUCAUUGAUCCCACCUGUAUGUAUUAUUUCUUCAGGUAAGUACUCUUUUUUUACCCUCUCCUGUCCUGGCUUUCACUGGUGGAUGCAGUACUUGGAACCAGCUCAGUUUUUGCCAAAGACUUUAAUGCAUCAAUCUCUGUAAGUAAGUUUAUGAUGUGCAUCAGAAAGCCAUAUGAAAAUGUUUGUCAUUCUAGACCUAGAACAGCAACUUGAGUAUAUGGGGGAUUCCUCCAGAUUGUCAGUAUUUUGCUGGUGGAAUUCAUACGCAUACUGAAAAUUUUAGGUUUGCGCAAUUAUAGUAAAUUAAAGUGUUCUGUCGCCCUAGCACAACAAGCCUACUUUUAAACAGAAACAGACUUUUUGCAGUUAGAAAAUGCAUUGAAAAGUGUGGGAUGAACAAAUGAUUAAUGGGAAGACAUAUAAACACUUUGCAAGUAAAUCAGAAUAAAUGAAUGAUGAUGAAUGCUCAUAUAACCUUCCCACAAACAAAUUGGAAUAAUUGCUCAGUAAAGGUCGGAUACAAUCUAAACUCCACAGAAGCUUUGUGCAAGCAAGUCAGGAGGAAUGCUGCAUAAAUAGCUCAUCUGGAGGAACCUAACUCAGUAGAAUAGCCAGCACAGAUGUAUUGGACACACGCAGUCAAGGAUGGAUGAAUGAAGUCAAUAGCUUUCUUUCUCUUCUUCGUUGCAGGUUAUGCUGAGCAAUAGUGCAGGCAGAUUUUUGUGUGGUGGUGUUCUCAUUCACCCCACCUGGGUGCUGACAGCUGCACAUUGUUUGAAAAGCCUACGAACAGUCAAACUGACAUUUGGUAAGGAGAAUCAUGACUGCAUUUCUUUUUAAUAUGGGACAACAAAACCCUCAAUCAAUACUAUUUAAAUUCUUUCAAACUAAGUAAUGUCCAAGCCAUAGAUGCAGGGAGUAUGGUCCAGUCUAGACUGAAAAGACUAAACGUGGUGACUGGUACUAACACAUGUGAACAGAUAUAAAGAUCUGGUCACCUCUUGCUGAAAUUAUGGAAGUUAGCAUACUGCAAACCUGAUAUAUGGAACUGACAUAAAGGGAAUAAAAAUUCUAUCUUGGGUUUGUGCUGCUUUGGAGUAGGGAUGGAAUUUAUACAUCAGCAAAUCACAUGGUAAAACAUUUCCUUUGGUUGCAGCUAUGGGUUCUGCAUGCUGGCAUGACUCCUGGUGCUGGUAUGACAAAGGCCUUUUGAGUUUAGAGGAAAGACAAGCAAAGGGGGGCAUGUUAGAAGUUAUAAACUUUUGCAUGAUGUAGAAAGGAGAGAGUGUUUCUCCCUCUCUCAGAAUAGUUCAAUACUUCUUUAUACAGUGCAUCUUCAAACUAUUGAAUUCACUCUCACAGGAUGUAGUGAUAGCCAUCAACUUUGGUGACUUCAAAAGAAGGUUAAAGAAAUUCAUGUUAGUUAAGUCCUCCCUCCAUUGUAGAAGCCAGUAUACCUCGGAAUACAAGUUGCUAGGAAUUGCAGCAGGAGAGCGUGCUGUUGCAUUUAAGCCUUGCUUGUGGUUUUUCAGUAGGCAUCUCUCUGACAACAGGAUACUGGAAUAGACGGGCCUUUGGCCUAUCCAGCAGAGCUCUUGUUGCAUCCUGAUGUUUUCACAGUUAAAAAAAACAAAACAAAACAGUAUUUCUGGAAGACAGCUAGUCAGGCAUUUCUCCCCGAUGUAUUGCUUUCUAUAUGCAGGAAGGGCACAUUCAAGCAUAUGAUCUCUGACCUCUAGUUUUAAGUAGUACAGCCCUGCAGUGCACAAAACCAUUCUUCUCAUUCACUACUUGCUUAUGAACUGUAAUAAUCCUCUCCCUGGCCAUGAUUCAAUCCAAAUCUGGAUAUAUAUAUUUGCACUCUCUCCUUUUCUUCCUCUUUGUGCUUUUUAUGGUAUGACCUCACUGUUACAAGUACGGUGUGGUAUACAAUUCUGCUGAAUGUACACAAAUUCUGCAGGGACACGAGCCUUUUAUACUCUACACAUAAAUUCUGCAGGCAUACAGGCCCUUUUUUUAUACUGCCACUUGUUCCUGUUACGGAUUUGGAUUUUGCUGAGCCUGAAAUGCAAGAAAGAAAUACAACCUCUUCUUUAUGAGUUCUGCUAAAGUAUUUUGAGAGAGGUAAGGUUGACUUAGAUCCCAAGAGACACUUUCCAAGUUUCCCUAUUGCCCUUACAGGUAAAUAUUAUCGCCGGCGAACAGAAGAAAGUGAGCAAACUAUUUUUGCAGACAAGUUAUUGCCUCAUGAAAACUACUCUGAACUUACCUCUGAAAAUGACAUUGCACUGCUGCACCUACAACGCCCAGUUCUUGUCAACAAGUUCACAAUUCCUAUUUGCCUGCCUUCCAAGAAGCUGGCAGAGCACUUGGAGAGAGAAGCGACACAGGCUGUGGUGACAGGCUGGGGGAGCCAGAGUGAGGACUCGAAGGUGAAUUACUCCUCUGUUCUCAACUAUAUUGAAAUCCCUGUGGCACCACGGAAUGACUGUGUCAAUUCUAUGUUGAAUUCUGUCUCGGAAAACAUGCUGUGUGCCGGGAUACUGGGAGAUAACCGGGAUUCCUGUCAUGGAGACAGUGGUGGCCCUAUGGUCACCAAAUUCAAGAACACUUGGUUCUUAAUUGGACUUGUGAGCUGGGGAGAAGGCUGUGGAGCAAUUGAUAACUUUGGAAUCUACACCAAAGUCAGUGCAUAUCUUGACUGGAUCUAUCAGCAAAUGAAAGAUAGCAUACUCUCACCAAACACUGUCACAAAAGAAAGAUGAGGGACUACUUUGGCAAUACACUCAGUAUGCCCAUUGUCUUCUGCUAAUAAAUACAGAGUAUACAAAGUGAGUAUGUAAUGUGUGUUGCAUUUCUUAAAUCAGGAAGUGGACAACUUGUUUGGUUCCAAGGCCACAUGCAGGAGUGGCAGGUUGUUAGGAGCCACAGGCCAAUCACUGCAGCCACAGCCACCCACAUAAUAACACGUGUGGGACAGAGAUUGGUGCUGUUGUCCAUAACACCAUCUCUUUAACCUCUUGACCUUGGAACAGGCUUAGGAGGUCUGUUCUGCCAUAGAGACAGACUGGAGAUGCUUCUAUUCUACUGACCACCCUGUAACCCAUUGGCAUCACUGGUCAGGCUGACCAAGGUAGUCUCUUGUUCACAUUCAGCUUUAUGUGCCUGGCAAAAAAUAAAAAUUAAAAUUAAAAAGGAGGAUGAAAUUGGGUGGGUGUCUGGGGAAAAAUGACUUUAGCAAUCCUACCUGCCAUUGCACACAGUGUAUAUCGACUAUAUGUGAGUUUGGCUUAAUGCGCUAUUCCUGGAACGUAACCCC